AUGCCGAAACGCAAGAGCAAUACCCCAGAGGCACUAGCAAACAAGCGCGCAAAGCUCGGCGCAGCCUCGAAGUUACUCGAGGAGUACUCCCUUAAGCCAAACACUUUACGAGACCGAGAGCGUACUACCGCUAUAGACGAAGAAAAGAGGCUGAAAUACGACGUCUACUUCCGUUAG